UAUAUCAAGAAGUUCUACAAUGAAACUUGGGAGAGAAGAUACGGCUUCUCGGUGGAUGAAAACACACUGACUCUCCUCUGGUCCAUUACUGUUUCUAUUUUUGCCAUUGGUGGCCUUGUGGGUGCCAUUAUUGUUACUCCAAUUGUGAAGUUCUUUGGACGGAAAUGUACGUUGCUCCUCAAUAAUGUGUUUGCAGUGACAGCUGCGUUGUUGAUGGCCCUCUCCUUGUUGGCAGGGUCAUUUGAAAUGCUGAUACUGGGCCGCAUUAUAAUGGGUGUUGAUGCAGGCAUUUCUCUGAGUGCCCUUCCCAUGUAUUUGAGUGAAAUAUCUCCUAAGGAAAUUCGUGGUUCAUUGGGUCAGGUCACAGCGAUUUUCAUCUGUAUUGGUGUUUUCACUGGUCAAGUUUUGGGGCUACCAGAAAUAUUUGGGCAAGAAUCUCGGUGGCCGUACUUAUUUGGAGCAAUCAUAGUUCCUUCAUUGAUACAAGUUGUGAUUCUGCCUUUUCUUCCUGAAAGUCCUCGUUACCUUCUGCUUGAGAAACAUAACACAAGCUUGGCAGAAAAAGCAUUUCAGACCUUCCUUGGGAAAGCCGACGUGUCUCAUGAAGUAGAAGAAGUUUUGGCAGAGUCUCGAGUCCAGAGAAACACCAAGUUAGUGUCGAUACUUCAGCUCCUGAGAACCCAUGCCGUGCGAUGGCAGAUCAUUACCGUGGUUGUCACCAUGGGCUGCUAUCAGCUCUGUGGGCUAAAUGCU